AUGGCUGAUAUAUUUAAUAUUCAAAUUUUCUUCGUUCUAUUCAGAGAAACAUUGGAAGGUGUCGUUAUUAUAUCUAUUUUACUUGCAUUCCUAAAGCAAGGUUUAGCGGGGACUUCCAAUGACCCAUUUGUAUAUAAAAAAUUGGCACGGCAAGUAUGGUUCGGGACUAUAUUAGGAGUUGUUUUUUGCCUCAUUGUAGGUGGUAUUUUUAUUGGAAUAUUUUACAUCGUUGGAAGUGACAUUUGGCAGAAAUCUGAAAGCUUAUGGACUGGGGUGUUUUGUAUUAUAGCCUCCGUUUUAAUUUCAAUUAUGGGUAUUGCUAUGUUGCGGGUUAAUAAGAUGAGAGAGAAAUGGAGAAUCAAGAUAGCACAGGCAUUACUCAAAGUUCCAGAAAAGAAAACGAAUCGGUUUAAAAUAGGCUAUUUGACUAAAAAGUACUGCAUGUUUAUUUUGCCAUUUGUUACUUGUAUAAGAGAAGGUUUAGAAGCUGUUGUAUUUGUCGGUGGGGUUGGAUUAAAUCGACCAGCAUCUUCUUUCCCACUUCCGGUUAUUUGUGGAUUGCUAGCUGGAAUUGCAGUUGGUGUAGCUUUGUAUUACUGGGGAACAACAUCCUCGAUUCAAAUUUUCUUGAUAAUUUCAACAUGUAUAUUAUAUUUAAUUGCUUCGGGUUUAUUUUCAAGAGGUGUUUGGUACUUUGAAACAAAUUCUUACAAUCAGAAAACGGGAGGAGAUGCUUCCGAAAAUGGAUCUGGCCCGGGCACCUAUGACAUUAGUAAGUCUGUGUGGCACGUCAAUUGCUGCAAUCCACAAACUGAUAAUGGCUGGGAUAUUUUUAAUGCAUUAUUAGGUUGGCAAAACUCUGCCACGUAUGGUUCUGUUAUAUCGUACUGUCUCUACUGGUUUUGCGUGAUAAUGAUCUUAUUGUUGAUGUCCUUCGAAGAAAAGCAUGGACACUUACCAUUCGUCAAGAACUUGACUUUGGCACAAUUGAGUCCAAUGUAUUACAUUAAAAGAAAGAAGAUUAACCUUACACAGAGAGAGCAAGACGAAUUGUUUGCUCAAGUAAAGCGUAAAAAUGUUCUUGGUAGACAUUUUGAUUUUGAAGAAUCAAAUUCAAAUAUCUCUCACCUGUUGAUAUCUAUUGAAGAAAAAUAA